GGAGCUGGAUUCGGGUUAAUGCCUUUAAGGUCCAUUGCCAUAGCUCGUUAAAGCAAGCUUAGGCUUAUUGGAGCAUAGCCCAUUUAUUUGACAUGGAAAGUCUAAACGACGCAGUUUACUCACUGAUUUUUGCUUCCCUCAAACCCCUCCAGCUCCCCUUGUGAUUGAAUGGCUGUGAAGAGACCGAGCAGAACACACAACCAUAACUUGUAACGAGCAAAGCUUUCAUCUUUCAGAAGAAUAAGCCUUGCUCUUCACAAAAAUUUCAUUUUUCAGUGUAUAUUUCCAGUUUUCUGUCAAUUUGUAGAAACUCCAGUCAGUUCAGAACUGAGGUCAGUUAUCGCUUCUUUUGAAAGGAGCAUUGGAGAAUCUAUCAUGAGAUUGUAGUAAGAUGUUUGCUUGCUUUUUCAUUGAAUUUUUAACUCUGGGUAUUUCUUAGUUUUGUUAAAUUUUGUAUAAAAAUGCAAGCUUUAAGUAUCUGGCCAUCACACGGUGGCUCUUUGGUUGUACCCCAUUUGGAUUUUGAGAUUGGUUCUUCUUGUUUUGCAUCUAGUAUACCUAAAAGGAGAAAAAAAUGGAGUCUUGUUGAGAGUAGAGGUUAUAAUUUUUUAUUUCUCUCAAGCUAUUCAAGGUUUAGCGGGAGUGGGACUUGUUGUAGGAGCUUGAAUUGUAGUUUGAGAUGUGGGUUCCUCUGCUGGUACUCUAAACUGAAAGUUGUUCUCUUUUGUGAGCCAAAGAAAGUUUUUUCUAGUGGGUUGGUUGCACCAGCUUGGGCAAUGGAGCAACAAGAAAUUGGGAAUGGACUUGAAAGAGGAGAAUCACAUUCAAAGGAUGAUGACAAUGGCAGUGAAGAUGAAAGUGAGGAAGUGGAUGUUAGUAGUGAGGGAGAAGUUGAGUUGAAGGAGAGUGCAAGGGUUGAUGUUCGGGCAUUGGCAUAUCGUUUACGGUUUGCUAAAACUGCAGAUGAUAUUGAAAAGGUUCUUAAAGAUAUGGAUGAAUUGCCCCUUCAGGUACAUUCAAGCAUGAUCAGUGGUUUUGGGAGGGACAAGUACAUGGAUGCUGCAAUGGCCCUUGUUGAGUGGCUCAAGAGAAAGAAGGAAAGUGGCCGUGGUAUUGGCCCAAACCUUUUUAUAUACAACAGUUUAUUGGGUGCUGUGAAACACUCUAAACAAUUUGGUGAAAUGGAGAAAAUCUUGGAGGAUAUGGUCAAGGAGGGGAUUAUUCCCGAUAUUGUUACUUAUAAUGUUUUGAUGGCAAUUUAUUUAGAGCAAGGAGAAGCUACAAAAGCCCUUAAUGUUCUUGAGGAAAUUCAGGAGAAGGGCUUCAGUCCAUCACCAGUGUCCUAUUCUACUGCCUUACUGGCUUAUCAGAGAAUGGAAGAUGGAAAUGGAGCUUUGAAGUUCUUUGUUGAAUUAAGAGAAAAGUAUAUGAAGGGAGACAUAGGAAAAAAUGCUAAUGAAAACUGGGAAUAUGAGUUUGUUAAGAUUGAGAAAUUCACAGUUCGUACUUGCCAACAAGUAAUGCGGCGAUGGCUUGUGAAGGAUGAAAAUUUGAGCACCAAUGUGUUGAAACUCCUGAGAGAUAUGGACAAUGCUGGGCUUAAACUUAGUAGGGAAGAUUAUGAGCGGCUUAUUUGGGCUUGUACCCGUGAAGAACAUUAUGUUGUUAUAAAAGAACUGUAUAGCAGGAUUAGAGAAAAACAUUCUGAAAUAAGUUUAUCUGUGUGUAACCAUUUGAUUUGGCUAAUGGGGAAGGCUAAGAAGUGGUGGGCUGCUUUGGAGAUUUAUGAGGAUCUAUUGGACAAGGGACCAAGUCCUAAUAACAUGUCCUAUGAAUUGAUCGUGUCUCACUUUAAUAUAUUACUUACAGCAGCCAGGAAAAGAGGAAUAUGGAGAUGGGGUGUUAGGUUGCUUAAUAAGAUGGAAGAUAAAGGCCUUAAGCCUGGCAGCAGGGAGUGGAAUGCUGUCCUCGUCGCAUGUUCCAAGGCUUCAGAAACUACUGCUGCGGUGCAAAUAUUUAAGAGAAUGGUGGACCAAGGAGAAAAGCCCACCAUCAUCUCAUAUGGAGCAUUGCUCAGUGCCCUUGAAAAGGGUAAACUCUAUGAUGAGGCCCUCAGGGUGUGGGAUCAUAUGAUAAAGGUGGGUGUUAAACCCAACUUGUAUGCCUACACAAUUAUGGCCUCAAUUUUCACUGGAAAAGGAAAUUUUAAAAUGGUUAAUGCAGUCUUUCAGGAGAUGGCAUCAUCUGGUAUCGAGCCAACAGUUGUCACAUACAAUGCAAUUAUUAGUGGUUGUGCUCGGAAUGGCAUGGGCAGCGCUGCAUAUGAAUGGUUUCACCGUAUGAAAGUCCAGAACAUCUCACCGAAUGAGAUCACAUAUGAGAUGCUGAUUGAUGCUCUUGCAAAAGACGGUAAACCAAGGCUAGCAUAUGAAUUGUACCUAAGAGCUCAUAAUGAGGGCCUUAACCUCUCCUCGAAGGCUUAUGAUGCUGUUGUGCAGUCAUGUCAAGUUUAUGGUGCAACUACUGACUUGAGUGUUUUGGGACCUAGGCCACCAGACAGGAAGAAGAAAGUUCAAAUUAGGAAAACUUUGACUGAAUUCUGUAACUUAGCUGAUGUUCCUCGGAGAAGUAAACCCUUUAAUAGGAAGGAAAUUUACAUCCCAAAGAAACGAGGAAAUCAAUGAGAAUUUAGGUACUGUUCAAAAUCUAACCUGUUGUAAUCAUAAACCUCACAUGCUUUUGCUGAUUUCAAAUCUGGUAUUGUGCUAGCAUCUUCUGACUUUGCAAUUUACAUUUUUACCUGUUUGAUUGAUGAUUGGAUUGCAAUAAGAAAAGAUGGCAGCCAUUGAAGACUCAACUAAAAGGUGACAUUUAUAUAAUGGAUUCGUAUCAUGUUGGAUGUUGCCUGCCAUUGAAGCUUUGGCAUCAAGGUAAGUUUUUUAUUU